GGCUGCAGCUGACAGCUGGAGAGAGUCACCGGGAGACCCAGACUCACAGGAGGACAUCCUGGGACUACAGCCCCGGACCACACCGGGAGAGCCUGUCCCCACACGGGGCAUCAUGUACUGGGAGACUACAGGGCCUGCUGAGCCCGCUUAACCAGGAGCCUGCACCCCAUUAUAACCUGGGCAUCCCAGCACCCCAUUCCAGCCUCCACAGACCCCCAUCUUCCUGCACCCCAACCCUGCAAGCCAGCACCCCACCACUACACCCCAGACAAACAUCAAUACAGCCCUGGACCACUCCAAAACAGACUGCACCCCAUUAUAAUCUGGGCAUCCCAGCACCCCAUUCAGCCUCCACAGACCCCCAUCUUCCUGCACCCCAACCCUGCAAGCCAGCACCCCACCACUACACCCCCGGACAAACAUCAAUACAGCCCUGAACCACUUCAAACAGACUGCACCUCAUUAUAAUCUGGGCAUCCCAGCACCCCAUUCCAGCCUACACUGCCCCCCACAAACUGCACCCCAACCCUGCAAGCCAGCACUCCACCAUUACACCUCUGACAAACAUUAAUACAGCACUGGACCACUUCAACACAGACUGCACCCCAUUAUAACCUGGGCAUCCUAGCACCCCAUUCUAGCCUUCACUGCCCCCCAUUCCCUGCAACCAAACCCUGCAAGCCAGCACCCCACCAUUGCACCCCCUGGCAAAUAUUAAUACAGCCCAGAACCACUUCAACACAGUCUGCACCCCAUUAUAACCUGGAUACCCCAGCACCCCAUUCCAACCUUCACUGAUCCCCCACUUCCUGUACAAACUCAGUCCUGCCAACUAGCACUGCACCCCUGUCAUUCAGUCCAGAACCACUAUACUAACACUCCAAACUGCACAUCCUGCACCCCAUUAUAGCCUGGGCAUCCCAGCACCCCAUAUCAGCCUUUACUGCCUUCUUAACUCACUCAAACCAAGCCCUGCAAGAUAACACCCCAUCAUUGCACCUCCUGCCAAACACCCCUACAGCACAAGACCACUAUACCUACACCCCACAUCUGCACCGAUCUCACCCUAUAAUUACACUAGCCAAUUCCCAUCACUGCAUCCUAUUAUCAGAGUACCAUUAUUGCACCUUUAUACAAUAUUUCUCUCAGUAGGUACCCAGUGCCAGCCUCCCUGAACCUAUCUCCUGUUCAUAUCCUUCCAUUUCCCAGUUGCAUAUCACUUCCUGCCCCUCAAAUAUUCCCAAUUUCUGACCCCUAGCCACUACUCACUUAACCCCAUUUCUGAUCCAGACCUUCUCGGACUACUUUGGACACAUUGUAUCCUUUCAUUCUUCAAGGAUAGAAUAUCUGAACAUUCCACACUUUUUAUAUUCACACUUUUUAUUUAGCACCCCCACAUUUUGGGGGUUUAUCCUUUAAAUCAAUUGAAUGUUCAUACUGUAUUAUUUUGGUCUCUGAUCCCAAAGCCCCCUGAAUGUCUCCACCUGUCACCAUUUCACCUGCACCACAUCUAGUCCCCAUGGAUGUCGCUGAGAAUUGCUGACCCUACCAUCAAGACAUACAAUGGAGAGUGUUACUGUCCCCCAGGACAGGAGCUUUCAUAGCCCCUUCCUGGAGCUGGAGGACUUCACAGAGGCAGAUUUCAUGAGCAAUGUGCACUUCUCGGAGGCCCUCGAUGAUUUCUCCAAUGAGUUAUUUAACAGUUUUUUCGAUGAUCCACCGCUGCUGGACCGGGAUGCUCUGCUCGACAUGGACGUAGAGAGUCCAGCACCAGCCAUUCAAGUGGAGCACAGCUACUCCUUGAGUGGAGAUUCAGCCCCUCAAAGCCCAGCGUUCACUAUCAAGGAGGAAGAUGAAGAGGGUCCAAACGAACCAGGCAGCGCAGUCUGGGCCUUGGAGCAUGAGCUCUGCUCUUUACUAGUGAAACAGGAGCACAGCGUGAUGCCACAGGCAGAGGCAACGCACAGAGCACCGCAGAGCACAGCCAUGGAACCAGAGCAAGGUUCCGGAAUGCUACAAGAAGAAGAGAAUGUCCCCAGGACUCCGAUUUCAAACAUAAAAGCAGAGCCUGGUGUCCCAAACCACUUCUUAAAUGUUCAAGCAGAUGUUUUAGGGAUGAUGCCGCUCACUCCUCCAAGCAGUCAUAGUAGCGACAGUGAUGGGUCUCAGAGUCCUCGUUCUUUACCACCUCCUAGUCCAGCUCGCCCAGCACCUCGGUCUUCUCACGCCAUUUCCUCAUCACCACUGCUCACUGCUCCACAUAAACUUCAAGGCACCUCUGGACCAUUGAUGUUGACCGAGGAGGAAAGACGGACUCUAGUUGCAGAGGGUUACCCAAUUCCCACCAAACUGCCCCUUAGUAAGACUGAGGAAAAGGCUCUGAAGAGAGUCCGCAGGAAAAUCAAGAACAAGAUCUCAGCCCAGGAAAGCCGCAGAAAGAAAAAAGAAUAUGUGGAGUGUUUGGAGAAGAAGGUCGAAUCAUUCACAUCACAGAACAGCGACCUUUGGAAGAAAGUGGAAACAUUGGAAAACGCAAACAGAUCUCUGCUGCAGCAGUUGCAGAAGCUGCAGGCUCUGGUUACCGGCAAAGUGACAAGACCCUGCAAACUCGCAGCUACACAGACAGGAACCUGUCUAAUGGUUGUGGUGCUUUGUUUUGUUCUUGCCUUUGGUUCCAUGAUUCCAUCCUUGCCAGAAUUUUCUUCGGGGUCUCAGACAGUGAAAUCAGUCCCUCUCUUGGCACCUGACCUGUACUCCCUCAGCCAGAUCCGAACCCGAAAUCUCCUGUCCUACGAUGAGGGGAUUGGAAGCGAGGAUGGAGCCAACUCGGUUUUGGGAGUCCAGAGGAGAGACGGUUGGGUCCCAGACACAUCAUCACUUGGCAGGCACAUGGAAAACACGGCCCACGAGAGGAGCAAGUACCUGGGAGAAAAUGAUUGGGAAAACGGGACAGAUGGAGGAUUCACGAGGCAGGAGGAGGGGGACAGAAGCUCUGAAUUCUUGUAGGAUUGGGGGCAGAGGGAGGGGGACCGGAAGCUGAACAUUCCACAGGAAGGAACAAAAAUGCAGGGAUGUCUGGAUUUAGACAAAAAAGGAACUUUGGGAAUCCCAGAGAAAACACUCAUCUCACUUGUGUCUGGAAUAAACAAAACAAAGCACUGAAGUGGAAGAGUGUGCUGACGUGCAGAGGGUAGAGACUCAAUAAGAAAAAUUCUCUGCAUGAAACUAGCACAACCGUCCAACUGGUGCCUAAUCUGGCCAAGCCUCAACACGACUGCCUGCAAUCUCUUUAACCCCCAGCAGAGUGCGCUCUCUGUCUACUUGUAUUGCCCUCCUAUGAUGACAUUACCAGCUGCAUCCCAAAGGUUUCACAUUUGUUGCCUCCUCGCUGCCGGUUGGGAUUGUAUAAUUUAGAUGCCCUGUUUCAGGGAGUGAAGGACUCUUGCCUAUUUAUGAAAGAGGCACACCCUGCUUACCGUUUUUUGGUCAUCGGUCCGGACCCCUCUCCCAACUGCUGCCCCUAUCAGUCGGUCCUUGUACAGACCACACCUGUAUUUCUGGAGAAGAUUUAGUUAAUGCAAGCUUUGUAUGCAUGAGGAGGCCCUCACCUCGAUUUAUACCUUUCUUAUUCUCCUCUUUGCUCUGUGCCUGCUUCUUUUAAGCAAUUUAAAAUAAUAAAAAAAAAAUAGCAUCAGCAA